AUGACACUCACCAGCGAUACCCGGAAACCAUACCGGGGCACGACUCGAGCUCUCGUUCUUGCUUUUGAUGUCGGAACCACGUUCAGCGGUGUAUCAUACGCCAUCCUCGAGCCGGGCGAAGUCCCAAAGAUCCACGGCGUGACUCGAUUUCCGGGCCAGGAGCAUGUCGCAGGUAACUCCAAGAUCCCGACAAUAAUGUACUACGACCAGCAUGGCGUGAUGAAAGCAGCAGGCGCGGAAGCAGAGGGCGCGGCCAUAAACGAUCUCGCAGAAGACGAAGGAUGGUUGAGGGUCGAGCUGUUCAAGCUUCGUCUUCGUCCAAAGACGAUGAAGCUUCACAUGAACGGGAUGCGUCUCCCACCAAUACCCAAAGGCAAGACUUCGACCGAGGUCUUUGGCGAUUUCUUGGGGUAUCUCUUCCGCUGCUCUAAGAAUUUCAUUAUCGAUACCCACGCAAACGGCGCAAUAUUGUGGCGCGCGGUUGAGAAGGACUUGCAGUUUGUCUUGAGUCACCCAAACGGGUGGGAAGGCGCUCAACAAUCCAGAAUGAGGAGAGCAGCAAUACACGGUGGCUUGAUUCCUGACACGGACUCAGGCAAGGCCAGAAUCAGAUUCGUCACCGAGGGAGAGGCCAGUCUGCACGCUUGUGUGCUGAACGGGCUAGCAAACGACGUUCUCUCGGAUCCCUCUGGACGUGGAUUCCUAGUAGCAGACGCAGGAGGCGGUACUCUAGACAUAAGUUCCUACGCUAUUCGGGGCACCCAACCUCUCGUCAUGGAGGAGAUAGCACCCGCAGAUUGCGUCUUCGCUGGUUCCGUUUUCGUGAGCCGGCGAGCACGAGAGUUCCUGAAAGAGAAGCUGAAGACCUCCAAAUAUGGCACGCCCGACGCUGUCGAUCACAUCACAAAGAAAUUCGACGAGACGACGAAACGUCUUUUCCGCGACAAGAAAGACCUACAAUUCAUCCCUUUCGGAUCGCCACUCGACAAAGACCUGAGUGUUGGGAUCCGUGGAGGACAGCUCAAGCUGACCGGAAACGAGAUCGCGGCCCUCUUCGAACCAUCUGUGGAGGCUGCCGUCGUGUCCAUCAAGGCCCAGAUCAACGCCAGUCGAGGUGUUGUCAAGUCUGUAUGGCUCGUAGGAGGGUUCGCCGCGAGUCCAUGGCUCUUCACACAACUGCAAGAACGUCUCGCGCCUCUCGGCAUCGUCGUCUCUCGACCUGAUAGCCAAACGUCGAAGGCGGUAGCGGAUGGAGCCAUCGGGUUUUAUUGUGAUCACCACGUUGCCGCCCGCAUGUCCAAGUUCAUGUACGGCGUCGAAUAUCUGCGGGAAUUCGACCCGCAAGACCCGGACCAUGUCGCAAGGAAGGAUAGGCUAUGUGAGCUGCCCUCUGGCCCCCGUCUCCUCGCCGACGCCUUCGAUUGCAUCCUCGCACGGAGCGUCCGCGUCAAAGAGUCGACCGUCUUCAGCCGCAAGUAUUGCACCGAAGUCACCUCUCUCUCCACCCUCUCCGUCUUCGAGGUCGAAAUCUGGUGCUUCCGCGGCGGGGACACCGUCCCGAAGUGGAUUGAGCGCCAGGCGGAGAACUUCUCCACGCUGUGCGUCGUCCAGGCCGAUUUGAGUCCUCUUAGUGGGAGCGCACAGCCGAAACAGGGGAGAGGAGGGAAGCAGUAUUGGACGAUUGUUUUUAGUGUGGAGAUUCACUUUGGUUUGACGGAGUUCAAGGCGAGGAUCAAGUGGGUCGACAAUGUGAGUGGAUCAGCGAUCUUCUCGGUCCUGAGUGAAGGAAUAUUAGUUUAUUGA